AUGAUUAUGGACAAGAAUAAUCGUAAGGAAGAAAUGGAGAGCUAUGCAAAAGAGGAUUAUACCAUAAUACAUAUAAAUAAUAAUAAAUUCGAAGAAGACAAUGACGCAAAUAAAAUAGAAAGUGAAUUAAUAGAUAAAAUCGAAAAAAACAAACUCGUAAACAAAGAUAAUGACGUAGAGAAGAUAGAAAGUGAACCGAUAGAUAAAAUUGAAAAGAACCAACUCGUAAACAAAGAGAAUGAAAUAGAGAAAAUAGAAAGUGAAUUGAAAAAAAUAAUUGAAGAUGACAAAGGCGGUCACGUAUACGAUAUAAUGAAAGAACUUAUUAAGAAAGAUGAGAAAGACAAAAAGGAAUAUAUUUCCGUAGUUAUUAGAGCAUUUCAUAAUUCUAAAUGUUCAGAUGGAAUGUACGACCUUUUAAAAAUGAUCAACUCAGAAAAGAAUGACCGCGAAAUCAACAUCCUUUUGAUACAGGAAGUCAUUGAAUAUGAGAAAGACGAUGAAUACCCUAAAAUACUUACUUAUUGUUUAGGAAAAGCAAUUGAAGCUGACCAUAUACCCUUAAUGCAGCAAAUCAUUGGAGAAUGUUGUAGGAAGAACACAAUAGAAUCUAUGUCGGUAAUUACUAGGGUACUUCCGCAGCUCGCCCUUCGAUACCCGAACAUACUUUCUUAUGCAUUGGAAAAGUCCGCUUAUAAAUUCGGUGGUUCUAUUCGCGGUCCGGAUACUUUUGAUACGAGAGACCCUGAUAAUAUUCGUUUUCCCGACUAUGUGGCAGUGCUCCCCGGUCUAUUUAAUCGUCCGAAGCUAAAAAUAAAUGUGCAGGAAAAACUUAAAGCAUCUUAUCUCCAAAAAAUAAUUGAAUCAACAAUACUUGAAUUCUUUCUUCACGACCUCAGUUGCUUUCAGAAAUUAGCCUUUUACCGUUCUGCCGAGACUUUUAAAUCGCCAAUUUUCGAUGCAAUUGUCAUGUACAUGUAUCGUGAAAAAAACAUUUGGAUUAUUUUUUCCUUGCUAAUGUUUUAUUACGCCAUCCAUUUUGGCCUUUUUAUCGCGGUGAUUAGCAACACCAACAGAAACGAAAAGUUGCAGAUUGCAA